AUGAUUGGUCACGAUUUCAGUGCCUUCGCAGAGAAAAAAAGGUUAGACAUAAGGGGAAGAAUAAAAGUACUUCACGGGCAGAACAUGAAGAGCGAAGAGCCCCCUCUGGCACUGUUCGCUGUGUGCACUCCAUUCGGUCCGCCGUCUCUCUUAGAAAUGCCACAAAAGGACUCUAUGUUUAAAAGCAAACACAAGUUAGACCUUUCGUUGGUGUCGAUGGACCAAAGGGGACGACAACUGUUGGGCUACACCGACAACGAACUGUCCAAUAAGGGUGGAGCUUCAGGACUGAUAGCCUACCGUCUGGUGACCAAAGAUACGAAGUGGCAGUGGUUGCAGACCAGCGCCCGAUUAGUCUAUAAAAAUAGCAAACCUGACUUCAUAUUAUGCACUCAUCGGCCCCUCAUGGAAGAGGAGGGAAGGGAUCUGUUAGGGAAGCGAACCAUGGAUUUCAAAGUGACAUAUCUGGACGGAGGUCUGGGAGCGAUGACGGAUCGGUCGGGCUUUCUAUCGGACAGCGAUUUCGUGCUCCGCUGUCAACGAAGUCGUCGAUACAAAUCUCAAGUCAAAGAUGUGGUGACGACGACGCCGUCGACGACAAACUGUCGGACGUCAGGCAAACGCAAGUCCGCCGGAGGCGUCGAUCCGCACCCGUACUCAGCCUUUGACGAGAGCGCCGCCAGUGUUAACGCCGCGGCCGUAGCGGCCAAUCACGCGGCGGCCGUCAACGCCAGCACCGGCUACCAGAACGCCGGUAUGUAUGCCUAUGCGGACAAUAUGAACGGUCUGUCGACAUACGCGGCCGCCGUCUCGGCAGCGGCUAUGCCUCAGAAUCUGUUCAGCGCUGCCAUUGAUCACAAUUCGCGGCCAUUUCUGGCGCCCGAAAACUUUCUCCAUUACUCUCGUCACGCGUUGGGACCGUAUUAUCCCGACUAUCAUCCGGCGGCUCAAUACCCGACCAACGGUUUCCUCGACCACAUGAGUACCAGCCGUACGGCUCAUUGUUUUCCCGGCGCUUACGCUCCGGACGCCAACAGUAUUGUGAAGGAAAACUCGGAUAAGUUGUACGGCGGACACAAUGGCUGCCAAAUGGGCGCUGAGACCAAGUUCUCGAUGAGUGAAUCAGUGAACACAAACGGCCGAUCAGUGCCCAAGACUUCCUGUUGUGACAGUUAUAUGAGUAGUGCCACCACUCCAUGCAGUCUAAUGAGCGCCUCCACAACCAUUCAUCAGCCAUUAUUAGCCGACACGAAGAUCGCGGACAUACCGUCGCACCGCAACUUUGGCCUCACGUCGGGCGCCAACGACUGUCUCAGUGUAAUCAAACAGAAAGCAAGUCUUCCAUUACUCACAUCCAACUCGUCGUCUCAUCACCGGAACCACAAUCACGACCACAACCAUCACUCGGUCGUCGAGCACCCGAUCGCCACUUCAUCGCAGUCGUCGUCGACCACAUCGCAGUCCAUUCUGUCGGCGUUCAGCCAUACGGCCAAUAAUAUGGACUCGCGGGGCAGUGUUCUCAUGUGGGGCGCCGCCAAUCAUCACAACUUCGGCGCCCGAAAUAAGUACGGCUUGAGUGCGGCCGACAUUAAGCCCAACGAUCGGGUGGUGAGCUGUAAGUGGAACGGAAGUAUAGCCAAUCCGAAGCCUCUGUCGCCGCACCCGUCGGUGGCUCACAGCCCGUCCUCAGGCAAAGUGCCAAUGAGUUUGCAGCCAAUCGCUGGCCACUACACCACACAGGGUUAUCCCACGGCCGCCGACGUCUCGCCCAUUGAGCAACCCUUGGCUAAACAGUUUGACUACUUCAGAGGAAUGGCACUAAUGGAUGGCUGCAAAGAAAUGAAUCCAUUGUUAACGAUAUCUGAGGUGACAAAUACUCUUCUCAACCAAUGAUGCGCUAACCCUAUCGAUGCCACGACAUUAUCAUCGCAUCUGUGGUCACAUCCCAUCACUUAUCCAAUCAUUUAAUUACUUAUUAUAAAUAUUAUACAUAAGUUAUAAAUAAGUAUAUAAGUUUCAUUGAAUGUAUAAAAUAAAGCAUGAAAUUAAUUGUAAAUUAAUUUAAAUACCGGUUCCAAAGCUUUACAAUCAUAUUAUUUUGAC